CGAGAAGCCGCCAUAGCUGCGUAGUGCGUACAUUCUUCCUCUUGCUAACCUUAGAUACCGCUUCGUGGAGCUGGCGGGAAUUGAAUCUGGUUGAAACCAGAGAGAGCAGUCGUUUACGUCAUGGCAGACAGCGAUGAUGAGUACGACCGCCGUCGGAGGGACAAGUUCCGCCGGGAGAGGAGUGACUACGACCGCUCUAGAGAAAGAGAGGACCGGCGCAGAGACGACUGGAGUGACAGGCGCCCAUCGGGCAGGGAAUGGGACAGAGGCCGGGAGCGGCGCAGCCGUGGGGAAUACAGAGACUACGAACGGGGUCGCCGUGAACGAUUCUCGCCCCCCAGGCAUGACAUGGGAUCCCAGCCUAAACGGAUGAGGCGAGACUGGGAUGACCACGGAGGGGACCCAUAUCAUGGAGGGUUUGACCUGGGCUAUGGUGGGGGUGGCGGGCCAAGUUACGCUCCUCCCCAGCCUUGGGGCCAUCCAGAUAUGCACCUGAUGCAGCCUCAUCAUGCUAUUCCUAUCCAGGCCAGGUUGGGGAAUAUCCAUGACAUGGACCUGGGACCUCCUCCGCCUGUGAUGAAGAAUUUCCGAGAGUUCUUGCUCUCGCUCGAUGAGUCUGUGGAUGAGAUGGAGGCGGUGAAGCGCUACAACGAAUACAAGAUCGACUUCAGGCGGCAGCAGAUGCAAGACUUUUUCCUGGCCCACAAAGAUGAAGAGUGGUUCCGCUCCAAGUACCACCCCGAUGAAGCUGGCCGACGCAAGGUCGAAGCUCACGGAGCUCUGGAGAACAGGCUGGGUGUCUACUCGUACCUCAUGGACAAUGGCUGGUUUGACAACGUCUCCCUUGAUAUCGACAAGGCCCAGGCCAUUAUCAAGAUCUUGGAUGCAGCUGUCAUCAAGAUGGAGGGAGGCACGGAGCAUGACCUGCGCAUCCUGGAGAUGCCCUGCGAGGAGGAGGAACGAGAGAGGCUGUCCUCCGGAGGCUCCGAGCCGCCCAAACGAGAGGAGCUCCGCCCAGUUGACGCGGACCGUAAACCACCCACCGAGAAGGACAACAAAGAGAAGCCGGACGGUGCAGCAGAUGCAGAGAAGGACGCACAACUACAGGACGCUGGUGGUGACGGAGACAAGGCAGAGAAGGAGCCCCCAGUGGAGGACCCUCCAGAGCCCAAAAGGACGUCCAAGAGCAGAAAGAGGAAGAGGACUAUGAGUGGGGACAGUGAGGACGAGGCUAGCGCCUCAGACAGCGAUUCCGACUCUGACUCCGACUCCAACUCGCAGACCUCGGACAAGCCCCCCGAGAAGGAGGAGGGAGAGGAGAAAGAGGAGGAGGAGGAGGGGGAGGAGGGGGAGGCUGAUACAAAGGAAAAAGAGGAUGAUGAAGAGGAGGACAAACAGAAGCAGAAGGAGAGAGACAGAGAGAAGGAGAAGGAGAAAGAAAAAGAGAAGGAGAAGGAAAAGGAAAAGGAGAAGGAGGAGAAGAAGCCUAAAGACGAUCUGCCACCGUCGCCUCGGCCCCUCCACAAGACCUGCUCUCUCUUUAUGAGGAACAUCGCCCCAUCCAUCUCCAAAGCUGAGAUCAUUGCUCUGUGCCGGAGGUACCCUGGCUUCAUGCGUGUGUGUCUGUCGGAGCCCCAGCCAGAGCGCAGGUUCUUCAGACGUUGCUGGGUGACGUUCGACCGCAGCGUGAACAUCAAAGAGACCUGCUGGAACUUGCAAAACAUCCGGUUGCGGGACUGUGAGCUGGCACCAGGGGUGAACCGUGACUUGGCACGGCGUGUCCGCAAUGUCAAUGGGAUGACACAGCACAAGCAGGUGCUCCGCAAUGACAUCAAGCUGGCAGCCAAACUGAUCCAUGCCCUGGAUGAGAGGGAACGUCUCUGGAGCCCAAAAGCCAGGGUUGAAGGCCAGGCCAUGGAGUUAUCAGCCCAGAACCCGAUCCUGAAGAACAUCACCGAUUACCUGAUCGAGGAGGUGAGCGCGGAGGAGGAGGAGCUGCUCGGCAGUAUGGGGGGAGUAGACUCCGAAGAGGGGGCCAAGGAGGGCAACCCGUCCGAGGUCACCGUUGAGAGGGACGACAAGCUGGUCAAGGUGUUGGACCGGCUGCUUCUAUACCUCCGCAUUGUGCACUCCAUCGACUACUACAACUCUUGCGAGUACCCCAGCGAGGACGAGAUGCCCAACCGGUGUGGUAUCAUCCACGUGCGUGGGCCCAUUCCACCCAACCGCAUCACGCACAGAGAGGUGGGAGACUGGCAGAAGACAUUUGAGGAGAAGCUGAGUCCACUGUUCAGUGUUAAGGAGACCCUUGCUGAGGAGGAGGCGGCCAAAAUGGGACGCAAAGACCCGGAGCAGGAAGUGGAGAAGUUUGUGUCGGCCAACACUCAGGAGCUGGGCAAGGACAAGUGGCUAUGCCCUCUCAGUGGCAAGAAGUUUAAGGGUCCUGAGUUUGUGAGGAAGCAUAUUUUGAACAAGCACGGAGAUAAGAUUGAGGAAGUCAAGAAGGAAGUCGAGUUCUUCAACAACUUCUUGAUGGACGCCAAAAGGCCAUCCCUUCCUGAGAUGAAGCCCCCACCUCCCCCAGGCCCUGGACAAGGAGUUCUCUCUCCUGGGCUUCCCUUCGCUCCCCAGGCCCCCCAGGGCCUAAUGGGCUUCGGCCAGCCCAGGCCACCCAUCAUGGGAUAUGGAGGAAGUCCUUAUCCACCCAACCAGUAUGGAGGAGGCAGAGGAAACUAUGACAAUUUCCGUGGUCAGGGAGGCUACCCAGGAAAGCCCCGCAACAGAAUGAUCCGUGGGGAUCCCCGCAACAUCAUCGAGUACCGUGACCUGGAUGCCCCUGAUGAUGUUGACUUCUUUUAAAAAUGGCCUGUUUUUACUUUCUCAUCUUGUUUCGAACGGUCAGCUCACUAGCUUUAUGUAAACCUCAUUACUUUUUAACUAGAUAUUUUUCAAGCAACUGUACUAUUGCAUCACAUGUCCCAGUGGAAAAAUGAACCCCUUACCAUCUUCGGUAAUGAAUCAUCCGUCACUCCAUGGACUGAUAAUUGAUUUUAUUUUGCUAAGUCUACCAUAGGACAAACCUUUCAAAAGCCCCAUGUAUAAAUUGAAUUGAAAGAGCAGAGACUGCUAGUAAAAUAUAAUGCAAGGAUGUAUGAUUGUAACACUUUCAAGGAAUAAAUACACCUUUCUUUA